AAUUCUUAGGGAAGGAAAAAAAAGUAAGCACAAGAAAGAAAGCACAAAGUGGCUGUGAGGAAUCCCAUUAGCGCAAUUAGGAAUUAAUUUAGGCGGCCGAAUUAAAGAAAUCAAAAGAAUUUGGAGAGGAGAAGAAGCACCCCAAAAAGGCGAAGCCUUUGCGCACCAUAGAAAUCACCAGGACCCAUCGCAAGAGCAGCAGCCUAGCGGAGCACCGAGCAAGAACAAGCAGCAGCAGCAGCAGCAGCAGAAGCAGAAGCAGUAGAAGAAGAAGCUUUUCUUGCUUUGCUUGCUUUCUCUCUCUCUAGGCUCCAUCUCCUCCCUCCACCACUGCGUCUCGAAAUAUCCGGCUUUCUUGUUGUGCGAUUUGGUGCGAGGUGGUGGUGAUUGCUUCGUCGGCUGUUGAUUUCUUCGAGGAAUUGGAGCUGUGUUGGGGGAUUCAGGGGGGCUUCAUGGUCGAAGGGCUCGGGGAUGGAUUGAGGCGUGGGAGAAGAGGAGCUUAGCUUCCUCUUCUUCUUCGGUGAUCGGGUUUGGGGUUCUUGGAAUCGCGAGGAGGCGGGACAUGGCGGGAGAUUGGGCUUGUCACAGACUCAGGGCCUGCUGAUCAAUGCAAAUAGACUUGAAAGAACAUUAUAUUCUCGUGAUCUUAUCAAGUGAAGCCAUAUCUAAUGAAAGCUUGUUAUAUUUGUUGCUUUCUUGAUGAGAUUUGUUGCUUAUGACCACUUGUGUCCUCUAAUCAUCCAAAGCAAAAAAAAUCAUUCAGCCGGUCUUUACCUCUCCAGGAAUUAACACCUGUGACAAGUUAUUCCUUGUUUUAGGGCAAAUCUCCUUUGGCAAUUGCACCUUCCUGUCGAUCGAUUAUCCUGAGCAUAUUCCUCUUAUUGAGAGAACCCUUCAGCUGGGCAAAUCUCCUUUGGCAAAAUACCUAUCUAUAGUCUGUCUAUUCGGGCAAAUCUCCUUUGGCAUUUAGCUUAGAUUGCUUCCGGGCAAAUCUCCUUUGGCACUACCUUUAGCUUCAGAUUGCUCUUUGGGCAAAUCUCCUUUGGCACUAGGUACUCUACUACUAUCCGCAUUAGAUAUUUGGAUCAAAUAUCCUCUGGAAGUUAGUGGUAUUACAUCAUUAUUUCCUGCAACUAUAUAUCGUGGUAAUUCUCCUUUGGCAUUAGCACUGUACACACAUUGGUUCUACCACAAUAUCGAUCUCAGUGAAAGACUGAACACCAGGAAGUCCAGAACGAUUCAAGAAAUAAUUUUUGGCUGGUGGCCGUUGUAUUUUAGCAUCUUGGACAGGAAGCUUUCAGAUUCUGAUUGUUCAGUCUGGAAGAUUGUUUUGUUAUUUAUCAACUCUAUACAUCAGUGCGCCUAUCCUAAGAAGGGCUCGGAAAGAUGGAUCUAUAUGCAAUUGACUCGGACACUGAGUCAUACGCUGAAACUAGUGACAGUGAAGAAGACCAAGAAGAAUGUGAACUUACAUACUGUGGUCAUGCCCAGAACAUCUUGUCCAGCUUGGACGAGAGCAUUGGAAAGAUCGAUAACUUUCUAAGUUUUGAAAGAGGAUUUCUGCAUGGAGACAUAGUUUGCUCUGCAGCUGACCCAUCAGGUCAGCUGGGCCGUGUAGUUGGAGUUGAUAUGCUUGUUGACUUGGAAACGAGCUCUGGUGACAUAAUAAAACAUGUCAACAGCAAGAAACUUUCAAGAGUUAGAUCCUUUGUCUCUGGUGAUUGUGUGGUGAUGGGGCCAUGGAUUGGACGGGUGAUCAGGGCAUUUGACCUGGUCACUGUUGUGUUCAGUGAUGGGGCAAGGUGUGAAAUGCUCUUAAGAGAUUCUGAGGUACUGAAGCCCAUUCCUCCAAUCCUUUUUGAAGAUGCACCUUAUUUUUACUAUCCAGGCCAACGUGUGAGAAUUGUUCAUCCUUCCAUUUCUAAGUCGGGUACAUGGUUGUGUGGAUCAUGGAAAGCUAGUAGAGAUGAAGGAGUAGUGUCUCAUGUCGACGUUGGGCUGGUACAUGUGAACUGGAUCACCUCAGUAACAAAUGUUUGGGGAGGUCAAUCAUCAAGUCCUCCAAACUUUCAGGACCCAAAGAAGCUCACUUUGCUUUCAUGCUUCCCUUAUGCCAAUUGGCAGUUGGGUGACUGGUGCACUCUUUCGGAUUGCGAGGGAAGUCUCUGGGAAAAUUCUGACAAAUCUUGCUUCAUGAGUAUGACCUGGAAGUCCAGCUCCGACACUCAAACGGCUAUCGGAACUUAUGGUUCAGAUUAUUCUCAAACAUAUGUUGUUGCAAAGACAAAGAGUAGUGUUGAUGUUUUAUGGCAAGAUGGAAGUACAUCUCUUGGUUUAGAACCUCAAAGUUUGGUUCCUGUGAGUACUCUUGGUGAUCAUGAUUUUUGGCCUGGGCAAUUUAUCCUUGAGAAAUUGACAGUUGAGGAUAAUGGUAGAUGCCAGCGGACUGGGAUAGUGACAAGUGUGGAUGCACUUGAACGGACUGUAAAGGUAAAAUGGGCUGUUUCAGUUGAUAGUGACACUGUCAGUUAUGGAGAUGGACUCACUGAGGAGACUGUGAGUGCUUAUGAGCUAGUAUUACACCCAGAUUUCUCCUUCUUCACUGGCGAAGUCAUUAUUAGAUCUGCUGUCAACAUAGAAAAUUCUGAAGCAAAUCUUACCAAUGGAACCGUGGCAGUUAGCAGGGAGAGCUUGGAUACCUCCUCUGCCUUCUUAUCAUGUAUUGGCAAUGUUCUUGGAUACAAUGAUGAAGGACUUGAAGUCCAAUGGGCUAGUGGUGCGAUAUCUAGGGUUCAGCAUUUUGAAAUUAUUGCAUUAGAUAGGAUUCUAGAUGAUUCUCUAGAAUCCAUGAUCGAGGAGCACACUACUGAUGAUUUGGUAGACAUGGCUGAGCAGGAGAAAAUGCACCUUGAGGAUACUAAGAGUGCGCUGGAAGAAUCUGCUGGAGACUGUACAGGAUCCUUGCGCAAAGCCACUGCUUUCCUCUUUUCCAAGACAGCAUUUAAUUUUCUGACAAAUGUGGCUUCUAGUUUGUUUGGUGCUCAUGAUUCAACAUUUUCCAGCUCGGUCAAUGCAGAUUCUCAGUAUCAAAUUGUGACGACAGCAGAACUGCAGCCAUCUGCAGAAGAUAUCUCUGAAGAGAAACAGACCAUGGAGCUGAUAACACAGUUUGAGAAGCCAACAUUAGCUUCAGAAAAUGCCAUGACAAAAGGAUUUGAUGUUGUGACCGACUGUUCUGAUCACCACUUUGUCAAAGAAAUUGGUCACGAAAAUGUCAAAAGAGGUUGGGUGAAGAAGAUACAACAGGAAUGGUCAAUCUUACAAAACGAUCUGCCAGAUGGUAUUCAUGUUAGAGUUUAUGAAGAAAGGAUGGACCUCCUGAGGGCAUGCCUUGUAGGUGCAGCUGGAACACCUUAUCAUGACAAUCUUUUCUUCUUUGAUAUUUUCUUUCCUCCUGAUUAUCCUCAUGAGCCACCUUCUGUUCACUACCAUUCCGGUGGCCUCCGUUUGAACCCAAAUUUGUAUGAGUCUGGCAAAGUGUGCCUUAGCCUGCUCAAAACAUGGGCAGGAACUGGUAGUGAAGUGUGGGACCCUGAAAAUUCAACUGUUCUUCAACUGCUGCUGUCCCUUCAAGCUCUUGUUCUCAAUGAAAAACCUUACUUCAAUGAGGCUGGCUAUGACAAAUUCAUGGGGAAAGCAGAUGGAGAGAAGAACUCCAUCACUUACAAUGAGAACGCUUUCCUGCUGUCAUGCAAGUCCAUGACGUACAUUUUACACAAGCCACCAAAGCAUUUCGAGAAUUUUGUCAAGGAGCACUUCACUUGUUGCGCGCCGCACAUUCUGGAUGCCUGCAAGGCUUAUCUCGGCGGCGAUCUUGUUGGACAUGCUCGUGACAGCGCCUAUAUAUCGGAUGACGGAUGCAAGAACUCCUCAACCGGUUUCAAGAUAAUGCUAGCCAAGCUCUUGCCGAAGCUUGUCACCACCUUCUCUGAAGCCGGCAUCCCCUGCAGCCCGUGACUCAUGGCAUUGUGAGUUUGUGACACUGGACUACUGUGUAUUUGUGACAAAAUCGGGACACCAAUAUAUGCUGUGUAUGUACUGUAUAUGUGCAAGCUUUGUGACUUUGUGUAUCCCAAAAUAAAAUGCUGCCUGGUUUGUAUGAUACUUAACAUGGUGAUGUCUGUUGUAACUUGUAAGUGUGGUUGAGGCAGCUGGUGUGGUUGGGUUUGUGGUCAGUUACUCAGUUCACGUGUGUUUUGAGCAUGUGAAGUAUGUAGAUCUGCUUAUCUGAAAUUCUAAGCAGUAGCUGCCUGAUUGCCUGUAUAGCCUGACAGAGCAGCUAUCUGCUGUAAUUGUACUACUACUACUGUACUGCUUUGUGAAAUACAGUACAUACAUAGCUGAUAUAUGUAAAUUGGUUUUCUCAUUUUCUACAGCAGUAAA